AGUCUAUAGCACAAAUAUGGCCGCGCCCCAUCACCUCUGUCUCGAGCCGUCCCUCUCAAUCCCCCGCACCCUCUCUCCCUGAGCGCUCGCGAGCCUGCGGCCACCACCGCCGUCUCCACGCCGCGCAGAUCCGCCCAGCCGGUUCGGCCCCACUCGAGAAUACGUGUACGGACGCAGGCCCCGCCCACCUCGCCGAGGACUCGCUCCUGUGUCGUGCGCGCCAGCACUACCGGUGGCCGUGCGCGGCUGGGCCGUGCCGAUUCGACCGAAUCCGGUGGAAUUCACCGUGCCGUGGUGUCAAAUCGGUGAGCUCCGUUGGGUUACGCGUGGGUGGAGGCUCGUUCAGGUCUGGGCGGCCGUAAGUGGCGCCGGGCAUGGUUCUAGGGUUUGGUUUUGGUCUUUUGGCGUGAGGGCAUGGCGGAUGGGGGCCGGAUGAAGGGCGUACAGAGCGCUGGCGGUGGCGCCGGUGACGACGAAGAGGGGAAUGAGGAGGUGCGAGAGGAGCCGGAACUCGCGCUGUCGCUGGGGCGGCGAGUCUGGCACCUCCCGCCGCGGCAGGAGGCCGCUCCCCGCUCACUUAACUGGACUCCGGUUCUGCCGGAGUGGAACCCCGACGCCGCUGGGAGCUCGCAGGGUGUGGAAAGGGCCUUGGGCGGACAAUCCAUCUCUUCUCUUGGGUUCCAUGACAUGUUUGGUGGUAUCCUAGACGAUCCCCAAGCGGGUGGCAGUAUGGAGGUUGGGUGGGGCAAGCUGAACGAAGAGGAUGAAGACAGAGACCUGCAGAAUAAACGGCUCAGAGUACGACACUUUGGCGAAGAAAACCCACUGCAUUCUGGUGCCAGUGCUACUCCCUUUGGCUCUGAAUCGUCAUUUUUGCCCAUUUCUGAUGAAUGUGUUCAUUUAAAGCUGUCUCGUUUCCCAGAACAUGAAUUGGAAUUUGGGUUGUCACUUUUCGCAAAUGAUGGUAGUGAGAGCCCAAGGGAUGCCAAUAAUGAGCAAGUCGAUGAUGCAGAAAACUCCGGUGGAAGAAAUUCUGUGGAUGUUGGAAUAAGAAUGGAUCUCUCCGAUGAUUUCCUGCACAUGAUUUUCUCUUUCUUGGACCAGAAGGAUUUAUGCAGAGCAGGUGUGACCUGUAAACAGUGGCGAUCUGCUAGUGUGCAUGAUGAUUUUUGGAAGUGUUUGAAAUUUGAGAACACUAGCGUAUCACUGGAGAACUUUGUUAAUAUUUGCCGUCAUUACCAGAGUGUCACAGAACUCAAUUUGCAUGGUGUCAUAAAUGCAGAAACACUAGUUCUGGAAGCAAUAAUGUUUUUAAGGCAUCUGAAGACAUUAACAAUGGGCAAGGGACAACUGGGAGAAUCAUUUUUUCAAGCUUUGGCUGAGUGCCCAUUAUUGACUGCUUUAACAGUAAACGAUGCUUCUCUUGGGAGUGGCAUUCAAGAAGUAACUGUUAAUCAUGAUGGACUGCGUGAGCUUCAUAUUUUGAAGUGCCGUGCACUUAGAAUAUCUGUCAGAUGUUCCCAACUUCAAAUACUGUCUUUGAGGCGAACAGGCAUGGCUCAUGUAUCACUGAACUGUCCUCAGUUGCUUGAGUUGGACUUCCAAUCCUGCCAUAAGCUUUCUGACAAUGCGAUUCGCCAAGCUGCUACAGCUUGCCCAUUGUUGGCAAAACUAGACAUGUCAUCUUGUUCUUGUGUUACUGAUGAGACAUUGCGUGACAUAGCUAGCUCAUGUCCGAGUCUUUCUGUUCUUGAUGCAUCAAACUGCCCCAACAUUUCAUUUGAGUCCGUGAGGCUUCCAAUGUUAAUAGACUUGAGACUUCUAAGUUGUGAAGGAAUCACAUCUGCUUCGAUGGCUGCAAUAGCUUAUAGCCGUCUGCUUGAGGCACUACAGCUUGAUAAUUGCAGCCUGUUGACAUCAGUGUCUUUGGACUUACCACAUCUUAAGAAUAUAAGUCUCGUGCACUUACGCAAAUUUGCUGAUUUGAAUUUGCGAAGCCCUGUGCUUUCUUACAUCAAAGUUUCCAGAUGUUCGGCACUCCAUCGAGUUAGCAUAACAUCGACUACACUUCAGAAAUUGGUUCUUCAAAAACAAGAGAGCUUAUCCAGUUUGUCAUUGCAAUGCCACAACUUGAUUGAUGUGGAUCUUACUGAGUGCGAGUCAUUAACAAAUGCGGUUUGUGAAGUAUUUAGUGAUGGAGGUGGUUGCCCUAUGCUAAGAUCAUUGAUCCUUGACAAUUGCGAGAAUUUGAGCAUUGUAGAACUGAACAGCAGUUCUUUGUCCUGCCUCUCUCUUGCUGGUUGCCGCUCGAUGACAUUGUUAAGACUCUCAUGCCCAAAUCUGCAACAUGUCAAUCUUGAUGGCUGUGAUCACCUUCAAAGUGCAGCAUUCUGUCCAGUGGGUCUCGAAUCCCUAAAUCUGGGAAUUUGUCCAAAACUGAGUGUUCUUCACAUUGAGGCUCCAAAUAUGUCUAUAUUGGAGCUGAAGGGUUGUGGUGUGCUUUCCAAGGCUUCCAUCAAUUGCCCUCGCUUGACUUCGUUGGAUGCCUCUUUCUGCAGGCAGCUUGUGGAUGAUUCUCUGACUUGUAUGUCAGAGGCAUGUCCUAUGAUUGAACAUCUUAUUCUGUCAUCAUGCCUAUCCAUUGGCAUCGAUGGAUUGUCCUCAUUGCAUUGCCUUCAUAAGCUGACCUUGCUUGACCUGUCUUAUACCUUUUUGGACAACUUGAAGCCUGUUUUCAACAGUUGUCUGCAGUUGAAGGUGUUAAAACUUUCAGCUUGCAAGUACCUCAGUGACUCAUCAUUAGAUGCCCUCUACAGAGAGGGUGCUCUUCCAUUGCUUGUUGAGCUAGAUCUGUCCUACUCGUCCAUUGGACAGAAUGCGAUAGAAGAUCUUCUUGCUUGUUGUACUAAUUUGGUUAAUGUGAACUUGAAUGGAUGUACAAACUUUCAAGAAUUGGUGUGUGGGUCAGAUGAUAGCAGUUGUGUCGAUAUGCCAGUUGACUUUUGUGCACCUAGUUCAGCAAUCAAGAGUGAAGAGAUCAGUGAGCGAUCUGGUCGCCUCCUUGAAGUUCUCAAUUGUACUGGGUGCCCUAAUAUCAAGAAAGUUGUUAUUCCUUCAAUAGCGAACUUUCUACAUUUGUCCAAAAUUAAUCUUAAUCUUUCGACCAACUUGAAGGAAGUGGAUUUGACAUGUCCCAAUCUUUUAACGUUAAACUUGAGCAACUGUAGCUCACUGGAGGUGCUGAAGCUUGAUUGCCCAAGAUUGUCCAAUCUCCAGCUUCUGGCAUGCAUCAUGUUGCAAGAGGAGGAAUUAGAAUCUGCAAUAUCCCUUUGUAGUGCGUUGGAGUUCCUUAAUGUGCAUUCUUGUCCAAAGAUCAAUGCUUUGGAUUUUGGCAGACUCCGUUUGGGUUGCCCCAGUCUGAAGCGCAUCCAGAGCAGCCUCAUCUCAUAAUACAGAGGCUGCUACCAUAUAAAGGAGGGCAAUUCAUGCAAUAAGCCGCUGUUCAGAGUUGAAGAAAAAAACAAGGGGAUGUUUGGUUUCUAGGGACUAAUUUUUAGUCCCUACAUUUUAUUCUAAUUUAGUCUCUAAAUUGCUAAAUAUGAAAACUAAAACUCUAUUUUAGUUUUCGCAUUUGGCAAUUUAGGAACUAAAAUGGAAUAAAAAUAUAGGGACUAAAAAUUAGUGCCUAGAAACCAAACACCAAGUCAGGAAAGCUCUCUCCUUAGAGCUCUUGUACAUAGUACCCAAGCAUUGCCGGUAUAUUGCAAGGCAUGGUAUAUUAGGAGCCAGGGGCAAUGAUAUCCUAUUUUUCCAGUCCAUUCAUGUUGCUGAAUAAGUAUUUUUGUGAAUCUGUUUUGUUGCCGGAGGUAACAAAAUAUCUGUUCAUGUUUUUUUUUCUGUAUUCGUUGGAAGUGUACCGAUGGAGCUAUAUGCUGGUUUAUAUGCAUCAAUAAUCUUGUUUGGAUAUAGAAUUUUGGAACCGCUUUGCUAA